AAUAGGCAACCCGAGACCAAGGAACAUCAGAGGUUAAAUGUCCUGCUCUGCACAUACAGAGAUGGAAGUCUAGGACCUUUCGAGUUCACUCUUUGCCAAAGCAUGUGAACGGGACCAUGUUUACUCAGUGUAGAGAUGCACAGGAAUGGUACACUCCCGGCUGGAAGGUAGAACCCAAAUAUUCUACUAAAGUACUUAUUGGAAACUGGCUGGAAGAAAGAAAAAAGGUAGGUUUGGGAAGGAAAGAAAGAAAGGGAACUAAAUCCCAGGUGGUUGCAGUAGAGAGGGGAGGGAGAAGAUUGUAAUGAAGCAUCACUCCACCCCCAACAGCUAUAACAUGGGAUAAAAUUGAUGGGACACAUUAAUUUCCUGGUCCAUUUCUAGGCACAGAUCAAAGGGCUUGCAUUCCUAUAAAGUAUACCUGAAGUAUACCUGAAGGAGUGUCUCCACCCCCAUUGUUCUGCCCGGACAUUGAGGUCCAGCACCGAGGGCCUUCUGGCGGUUCCCUCACUGUGAGAAGCCUAGUUACAGGGAGCCAGGCACAGGGCCUUCUUGGUAGUGGCACCCACCCUGUGGAACGCCCUCCCAUCAGAUGUCAAAGGAAUAAACUACUACCAGACUUUUAGAAGACAUCUGAAGGCAGCCCUGUUUAGGGAAGCCUUUAAUGUUUAAUAGACUAUUGUACUUUAAUAUUCUGUUGGAAGCCGCCUAGAGUGGCUGGGGAAACCCAGCCAGAUGGGCAGUGUAUAAAUAAUUUAUUAUUAUUAUUAUUAUUAUUAUUAUUAUUAUUAUUAUUAUUAUGCUCUGUGUGGUUUAGGAACCAACUACUGCAGCUCGACACAGGCAGAAAGUCCCAGGUUCAACCACUGGUCUCUCCAGGUAGGGCUUAGGAGAUAACUUUCUCUGAAACCCUGGAAAGCCGCAGCUGGUCAGUGUAGACAAUACUGCGGUAGAUGGACCCAUGGUCUGACUCAGGAUGAGCUGGUAGAACAGAUGCUUGGCAUGAAGGAGGAGUCCCUAGCAUCUCCAGGCAAAACUCUCCCCCAUCUGAAACCACAGAGAGCUGCUUCCAGUCAGUGUGGUAGUGAUAAUAAUAAUAAAUUUAUUUUUUGUACUCUGCCUAUCUGACUGGAUUGCCCCAGCCCACUCUGGGUGGCUUCCAAGAGAAUAUACAAAAACACAGCGGAGCAACAUGGAUUAAAAGCAUCCCAAUAAAGGUCUGCCUUCAGAUGUCUACAGAAGGUCGUAUGAUUAUGUACACAAUUCUGAGCUACAUGGACCAAUGGAGUGAAUUAGUCCAAAACAACUUCCUGCAUGACUGUAUAAAUUUCUCGGGGACCAUUAUGUUAGAGGUGAGGUGGGUGUGACUACUGGCAGGGUCUUCUCAGUGGAGACCGCUGGGUCUGACAGUUCUCUUCCCAGAGUGGCAACCAGGGCUUGUUGGCACCACAUGAAAACCCUUUUGAAAACGCCAGUCAUUUGGGAUCUCUGGUAAUUUUGAAAGCCAGGUUUUAUCUGAUUGUGUUAUUUUGUUUUUGUGAGAAUUUGUGUCUAUCUUUACUAGGACUACCUUGGACUUUCUGUUGGGAGUUGUGCUUUCCAGCUUAUAUCGUGGGGUGGUAACAUGAUAGAGGUGUAUAAACAUUUGCACGGUGUUUAUGCAUCGGAUUAUGCACAAUACCAGAACUUGGAGACACCCAGCGAAUGUGAAUGUCGGAGAUCCAGGACAAUAGGAAGCACUUCUUCAGAGCUAAACGAUGGAAUUCACUCGCAGAAGAUGGGUGGCUUUAAGAAAGGAUUAGACCAGGGUUUCCCAACCUUGGGUCUCCAGCUGUUUUUGGACUACAGCUCCCAUGUUCCUUGCUAGCAGGACCAGUGAUCAGGGAUGAUGGGAGUUGUAGUCCAAAACAGCUGGAGACCCGAGAUUGGGGAGCACAGGAUUAGACAGACUCCAGAAGUUGAUGAACAACUUCCACUAUGCUGGCUGGGGUUUAUGGGAGCUGGAGUCUUAUUACAUCUAGAGAGUCACAUGCUAGCCACUACUGGAGUCCAAGAAGAUAUGAAGGCCCAUUUGUUCCUUACCCCUGCUGUGGAAUCUGAGAGGCUCAGAAUUUUGCUCCAGGACUCCAAGGUGCGUGAAUAAACUAUGCUUGCUUCCCAAAGAGUGACUGCCACUUGUCUGCAUUUUCAUAGUUCAUACGUGACCAUGAGGGAACCGGCGAAAGCACCUACGACCGAGAUUACGUUCGUUACCCAGCUCAGAUUCCAGACCGAACAGUGAUGAAAAGAAUUAUGAAGCAGCUGGAUGUAAGUAAUAGGGAGGGUGGGAAGACAGAUCCAGGUCUGGGGCUGCAUGUCUCCAAAGGCAGAAUGGAUUCUUGUGCUAAAGCUUGGCAUGUGUUAUACUUUAGGGCCUGCCAAAGAAGUACAUAUUGACCCACCAUGAAGAACCGAGACACCAUCACUUAGUAUCGCAAUAUGACGAUCAAUAUAAUAGGCACGGCUACAACCCUUUGCUGCCUCCGCUUCGCAAAUGGAAUAGACACAAAAUGGCUUGGAUCCCAGAGAAGACAGACUACCCACUUGUUGGUAUGUGGUAGCAUCUCAAGAAAAGGAAUAAGAGACAAGGCAACCUUGAAGGUUGACAACAGGGGAGGUUGCUCUCAUCAUGCAUACCAGUCAAUCUUUUAUUGUAUGGUCCUGUUAACCUAUUAACAUCCCAUUGACCCAUUAACAUCCCAAGAAUCUAUUCCACGGGGAUCCUGUACGAAUACUAUAGGAACCUCCAGAUGUUGAUGGCCUCCAACUCUGAUCAUGGUCAAUAGUCAUAGAUGAAGGGAGCUGUAGUUCAGCAACAUCUGAACUAUGUUCACACAGCUUCCCCAUCCCUGAAUUAAAAGAAUAUUGUAACUAGCAAACCUGUGGCCCUCCAGAUGUCAUUGUACAGCAGUCCCAGCCAGCAUGACCAAUGGGCAGGGAUGUUGGCAUCUGUAGUCUAGUAACGUUCAGAGAGUUACAGGUUCUCCAUCUCUUCUACAUGCCGUUUGGAUUGCCCAUCCCUUCCUCUCAUUAAGGCCUUUGGUUUAUUGACAGGUUUAUUCCAUCAUACGAUAUAUGAUAUCUUUAUUGUCAUUGUCCCUUGCGGAACAAUGAAAUUGAAAACUACAUAAAAACUACAUAAAACUACCACAAAACUACAUAAAACUACAUAAAACUACAUAAAACUACUAGCAUCAUCAUAAUGCCAAGAAAGUCAUCCAAACACACAGAUUUUAAUUUUUAUUUUUGCCCUAUGCAUCACUGUGGGUCACAGGUGGCGCUGUGGGUUAAACCACAGAGCCUAGGACUUGCCUAGGUCGGCGCUUCGAAUCCCCGUGAUGGGGUGAGCUCCCGUUGCUCGGUCCCUGCUCCUGCCCACCUAGCAGUUCGAAAGCACCUCAAAGUGCAAGUAGAUAAAUAGGGACUGCUCCGGCGGGAAGGUAAAUGGCGUUUCUGUGCGCUGCUUUGGUUCGCCAGAAGCGGCUUAGUCAUGCUGGCCACAUGAGCUGGAAGCUGUACGCCGGCUCCCUCGGCCAAUAAAGCGAAAUGAGGGCCGCAACCCCAGAGUCAGUCACGACUUGACCUAAUGGUCAGGGGUCCCUUUACCUAUGCAUCACAGUGCUUGUAAUAUUCUCCUCACUUGUGUUUCUGCCCGGAUAAUUCAUUGGUUAGAUAUUUUGUUUGGAAAUAUUUAUAUACUGCUUAAGCAAAGCAAACCAAAGCAUGAAGCAGUUUACAUUAGUGGGGUAGGAGAGCUGAAAAUAAUGUCAAUAUAUUUCACAUCUGGCAAACAAUGUGUCCUUUUAGUUUCAGAGAGUACCUGGGUAGGCAAGGCUAAAAAGCCCAGGACACAAAUUUUCUCAGCCCUCUAGCAUCUAUGGUGGUUCAUUUACCAGAAGUAAUGCAUUUAGCAUUAUCUCUGGAAGUGUAUACUCGAUUCUGACCAAAUGAAGCCUCCUAGAGCAUAAUAUGCAUUGGGGGCUUAAUACCAACAGUCUGGGAGUUCCAAAGAGUUGGUGCUGCCAGACUGAAGCACUGAUUCAUUACAAGUGCAGAACGGACAUUAUGUGACACUUGUAAAUGUGCCAGUUGCACAGAUGGAAGUGGUUGAGUGGGCAGAUAUAGGGUAAGGAGAUCAUUCAAGUAAACCUGUCCCAAGCUGUUGAGGGCUUGAAUUUCAAAUUCUGAAUGGCCAGGUCUUGUUUCUGAAUUGGUAAAUCAGUAAAUCACAUCAGAAAAAAAAAUGUUGCACAAAUCACAUCAAAGUUGUUUCCAGCAUUUCACCUAACCUAAGGCCCGGGUGCUAAGCCCAGAAAUAAAUAAACUGCAUACUUUCUGUAAGACCAUCAUCCCAGGAAGCUCAGUAACAAAACAGAGAAGAAGGAUAAGCCAAUGAAAACAGGUGAGUCUCUAAGGCCACCUCAUACGAAUUCUAAAGCUGUGGGGCUACUGCAAAGACAGCCCUGUCCCAUAUGCCUGUCAUGAGUGGCAGGCAAAUGAGAAGAGCCUCUGUCAUUAAUCUUAACAUGCAGGCAAGCUGCUCUGGGUGCAGGAGAACUUUCAAAUAAAUACCUCCAUCCGUAGAGCAAGGGUGGAGAAACUCAGAUCCAAGGUCCUCUCUACUUGGUCCUCUCUACCUGGCCUUCAUGACUCUCUCCAGGUCACACCUCCUCUUUAGUCACAGAGGAUCCAGAGGAAUGGGUGACUGUGUGUAGAAACUAGUACAGUUUCUCUGCCCACUUUUGCCUUUGUCCUCAUUUCAGAACCACCAACCAACUAUGGGCUUUUCAAGCACAUUGUGAAAAAAUGGGGCCAGAACGUGCCUGGAGUGAUGAACAGCGUCUACAUGGUCUCCUACGUCAAGCCACCUAGUACAGCCUAUAGCGCUCGCCGGCGGCCUGUCACAUUUCACACCCUUGAGGCCAGUGUUCCUCAGUGGCUGCCACGAAGUUCUGUUUAGUCUCUCUGAAAGGGUGCAGACCAUCCAUGUUUCAGCGCAGAGGUGAAUUAAAUGUUGUAUCUUUACCCAACCAGCU